UCCCUUGGCUAGAAGCUCGGAUAACAAAGGCAGAUUGAGAAUAGCAGUCAUCCCGGCAGCAUCUAAAGCUUGUACCAGUAGCAGCAAGGCCUCUGAAGUCAGCAAGAAAUGGAGCUUGAUUUUGGUCACUUCGAUGAGAGGGAUAAGACUUCCAGGAAUGCACGAACAUCUCGAAUGAAUGGGUUGCCCAGUCCCACCCACAGUGCCCACUGCAGCUUCUACAGAACCCGUACUUUGCAGGCUCUGAGUAACGAGAAGAAAGCCAAAAAGGUCCGGUUCUACCGUAAUGGAGAUCGCUACUUCAAGGGAAUAGUGUAUGCCGUAUCCCCUGACCGCUUCAGAAGUUUCGACGCACUGCUGGCUGAUUUGACCAGGUCACUUUCUGAUAAUAUUAACCUUCCUCAAGGCGUUCGCUAUAUCUACACCAUUGAUGGAAUAAACAAGAUUUGCAGCAUGGACGAGCUAGAAGAAGGUGAAAGCUAUGUUUGCUCUUCUGACAACUUUUUCAAGAAGCUUGAAUACACCAAGAAUGUAAAUCCCAACUGGUCUGUCAACGUGAAGACCUCUGCAGCUCUAAAAAGCCCACAGUCCCUCGGGAGCUGUAACAACCAAUCCAGGGAGAACAAAGACUUUGUGCGUCCCAAGUUGGUAACAAUUAUCCGCAGUGGAGUGAAACCCCGCAAAGCUGUGCGUGUUCUCCUGAACAAGAAGACAGCCCAUUCCUUUGAACAAGUCCUCACUGACAUCACAGAUGCUAUUAAACUGGAGACAGGAGUGGUCAAAAAGCUGUAUACCCUGGAUGGGAAACAGGUCACCUGUCUUCAUGAUUUCUUCGGGGAGGAUGAUGUAUUUAUUGCCUGUGGACCAGAGAAAUUUCGAUAUGCCCAAGAUGAUUUUUCUCUUGAUGAAAACGAGUGCCGGGUAAUGAAAGGGACUCCAGUUCCCCAAGCCAAGCCCACCUCCAGUUCUCUGAAAAGUGCAGCUAAAAGUCCUGCACCAACACGCCGCAGUAAAUCACCUGCUGAUUCAGCUAAUGGGACAUCAAGCAGUCAGUUGUCCACGCCCAAAUCCAAGCAGUCUCCGAUCUCUACCCCGACCAGUCCAGGAAGUCUUCGCAAACACAAGGACCUGUACCUUCCCCUCUCUCUGGAUGACUCCGACUCUCUUGGGGAUUCCAUGUAAAAGUCUACAGUAUAACAUGUCCCAGUUCGUAGGACCGCAUAGUGGAUAGAAGCAGACCGGGCACAUUGGUGCUUUCUUAACUAAGGAUACAGUUACAGCUUUCACUGUUACAUUUUUAUAAUUAUUUCUGUCAUUUAUUGUUUGUGCCAUAAAUCCAUGUGACCCAAUCUGGCAAGGGUGAUCAACAUUUGUUUUAUAGUGAUGAAGCAGGCUUCAAAUUUAUGUUUAUGCAACGUGUGUCAUUUUUUGAGUUAUUUUGUUACACAACAUUGUGCUCUACAAGCUGAUGACCGUGUUAUCGUUAACAACCUGUAUAACACAAAUAGCUGGUUAAGUUUAGUAAGUUAAAGAAAACAACUUAACAGUAAAGUACACAUGUAAGUGUAAUGGGGAAUGUUUAGUGUGUAGAUUAUACUGCUGGUUAUGUGUGUAAUUUUGUAUUCUAUUGAAGGUAACUAAACGGAUUACCUCUUUGUUAAUUUAUAAAUCCCAAUAAUAAUGAGAUUGAAAUUUGUUGCAAGGUCUUUAAAGAAAGUCUCUUUAUAUCAGAACUUGGGUGAGAUAUAGUAUAGGCACCAUUCCAUAAAAGGUACAUAUACGACUAGAUGUAAAAAUGUCAGAUAAAUCAAAUAGGGGUUGAAAUUUAAAAGUCAGAUGAUGUUUGGGUGAAUUUGGUCGCUAGCAAAAAGUUGAAUUGCUAGAACCAAUCUAAAAUUAACUGCAGAUUUAUGGAAACAGCUGAUAAUUUGACUGU